UACGCGUGCGAUGUAUGUGAGUACAGGUGUUCGCAGCCGGCGAGUCUCAAGAGACACGCGCGCACGCACACGGGAGAGAAACCGUACGCGUGCGAUAUAUGCGGCUCUGCCUACACCUGCUCCAGGACCCUCAAGAAGCACUUUCUCACGCACACGGGCGAAAAGCCAUAUGCAUGUGACACAUGUGACUACAGGUGCGCUCAGCUAUCCAGUCUUAAGACACACAUGCGUUCUCACACGAGAGCACACAAGCGAACUCACCCAGGAGUGAAACCCUACAAGUGUGACACAUGUGACUACAGAUCCUCUAGUAUGGCUCACCUCAAGGAACCCAAGCGCAUUCACACAGGCGAAAAGCCUUAUGCAUGUGACACAUGUGACUACAGCUCUUCUUCUCUGAAACCGUACGUGUGUGACACGUGCGGGUACCGAUGCUCCCAGAGUCAGCAGUUGAAGGAGCACGUGCGCACGCACACGGGAGAGAAACCGUACGCGUGCGAUGUAUGCGAGUACAGGAGUUCUCAGCUGGCGAGUCUCCAGAUCCACGCGCGCACGCACACGGGAGAGAAACCGUACGCGCGCGACAUAUGCGGCUCCGCCUACACUACCUCCAGCGACUUCAAGAAGCACUUUCUCACGCACACGCGCCCAGAAACCGUAUGCGUGUUGACGUGUGCGAGUACAGGAGUUCUCGGCUGGCGAAUCUCCAGAGCCACGCGCGCACGCACACGGGCGAGAAACCUUACGCGUGUGACGCGUGCGGGUACAGGACUUGCGCCCACUACAGAAGCCUGAAGACUCACAUGCGAACGCA